CUUUUUUUUUGCAAAUGGAAUCCCAUUCUAAAGAAGGGACUAUAUAAGCCAAGAAUGUUCUGUUUCUGAAUCAUACCACAUCAGUUCUCAGCAGCUUCAGGAUCUUCCUAGACAGAAUCAAAGCCAACAAUCAUGAAGUGCAUCGCAGCUGUAGUCAUGAUGGCCCUGGCCUUCGCCGCCGCUGAAGCAUCCUGGGCUCCGUUGGCUUAUUCCGCUUAUCACGCCAGCCCACUAGCCUAUGCCGUUCCACAUGCCUCCUACGUUCAGCAGAACUGGGGAGCACCCGUAGCGUACUCCGCCGCCUAUGCUCCAGCCCUGAGCUAUGCUUACCAAUCUUCCGUUGUCCCAACCGCCUAUGCUUAUCAACCAGCUGUGGCCGUCGUCGCCCAGAAGGAAGCUCGCUAUCUGGCUGCCAACCGUGGAGCCGUCCAUGAUGCUCCUCUGCCAGGACAUACCGUUUCCCAGCAAUCGCUGAACCUGGAACCGGCUGCGGGAACUCUGUAAAAUCUGAGCAGCGACAGAUUUGGGCGAAUGUGAAAAGUUUGUGAUAGUUGAUGUGGGAUCGAACGAAAUGUAAAUAAAUGAAAAUCAUGAAUCGAUGCUUAUUUUUUAUUUGUU